AUGAAACCCUACGCAGCACCUCUCUGUUUCACCCUCCUCUGUUUCCUCCUCCGCGCUUCGGCAGACCACGACGGCGUCGAUGGCCGCACCAGCAUCAUCUUCACUACGCUGGGCAGGUCGGAUUACGCCUUCGACAUCUUCUCCCUCCCGAUAUCCUCAGACCCACUAACCAUCGCCAACGAGCUCCGCAUCACCGACGGCGAGUCCGUCAACUUCAACGGCCAUUUCCCCUCUGUGUCAUCAUCAUCAUCGUCAAUUUUCCCUCAAUUGCGCAAUCAAACCCUAGUCCAGAGCCCGGCCACACCCGAUCUCCAGCUCGUCUAUGUCACGGAGCGAAACGGGUCUUCCAACAUAUACCUCGAUGCAAUUUAUUCUGAUGCUCCGGUGAACGUCAGAAAGCGAUCUGCUCUUCAGGUGCAGGAGCGAGUUCAGGUUCCCCUGUUAGGGAGCGAACAGAGCAAAGGGCGUGUUUCCAUGAAGGAUAAGCCGAGUUUAACGGGUGAGUUUCUGGUGUACGUUUCGACUCACGAAAACUCGGGAGUGCCCCGGGCGAGUUGGGCUGCUAUAUACUCGACUCACUUGGGAACCGGGGUGACUCGGAGGCUGACGCCAUAUGGUGUGGCGGAUUUUAGCCCUGCGGUGUCGCCGUCGGGUACUUGGACGGCGGUGGCUUCUUACGGCGAGAAGGGUUGGGACGGCGAUGUUGAAGAACUCGUUACCGACAUCUAUGUUUUCAGAACUCAGGACGGGUCAAGCCGAGUCAAGGUCGUGCAACACGGCGGGUGGCCAACUUGGGCUGACGAGUCGACUCUGUAUUUUCACCGGAGAGGCAGUGAUGGAUGGUGGAGUAUCUACAGAGCGGUUCUUCCUGAUAACGGACCGAUUCACGCCGGGUCGGCUCUAAUAAAACGAGUUACCCCGCCGGGUCUCCACGCUUUCACUCCGGCCGCCUCGCCAGGUGACAAAAGCUUCAUUGCGGUGGCUACGAGAAGACCCAGUUCAAAUUUUCGCCAUAUCGAGCUCUUUGAUCUUGUCUCAAACCAGUUUAGAGAGCUGACUCGUUUCAUUUCGCCUCAAUUUCACCACUUUAAUCCGUUCAUCUCGCCCGAUUCGACCCGAAUCGGGUACCACAGAUGCAGUGGCGCCAUUAAUGGAAGAAAAAGCCCCCAUCUCUUCCUCGAAAACCUCCAGACUCCAUCACCGGAAGUGUCUCUCUUCAGAGUCGACGGUUCGUUCCCUUCUUUCUCACCCGCCGGCGACCGGAUCGCCUUUGUUAAGUUUCCGGGCGUUUACGUCGUGAACUGGGACGGUUCGAACCGGCGAGAGGUCUUCUCCGGCACCGCCUUCUCCACCUCUUGGGACCCGGUUCGUAAAGGGGUCGUGUACACUAGCACCGGUCCUACAUUUGCAUCCGAAAGCACAGGUGUGGAUGUCAUCUCCAUCAACGUCGACGGCGGCGACGAUCCGAGCUACACAAAGUUGACUACAGGUGGUCAAAAUAAUGCCUUCCCAUCCCCUUCGCCGGACGGGAAAUGGGUCGCCUUCCGGUCGGGUCGGUCGGGUCACAAGAACCUCUACAUAAUGGACGCCGUGCAUGGAGAGAGAGGUGGGAUCCACCAAUUAACAGAAGGGCCGUGGACGGACACGAUGUGUAAUUGGUCACCGGAUGGCGAGUGGAUCGCUUUUGCGACGGAUCGGGAGAACCCGGGUACAGGGAGCUUCGAAUUGUAUGCAAUCCACCCGAAUGGAACCGGGUUGAAAAAGGUUGUUCAAAGCGGGUUGGGCGGGCGGACCAACCACCCGUGCUUCAGCCCGGAUGGAAAGAGCAUCGUGUUUACUUCCGACUAUGCAGGCGUAUCCGCAGAGCCCAUAUCGAACCCGCACCACUACCAACCCUACGGUGAGAUCUUCACUGUGAAAUUUGAUGGUUCUGAUAUACGCAGAUUGACACACAACUCGUAUGAGGAUGGGACCCCUGCUUGGGGCCCCACAUUCAUCAAGCCAGAAGAUGUAGAGCAGCCAAUGAGUGGGCUAGGGUGCUCGUUUGAAGAUUGUCACUGGCUCAAGGUCAAGGGGGCUCCGAGCCAAGGUGUGGGGGGUGCACCACCCUUGGUGCCCACCCUGCCUCGAUGUGUUUAGCUAUUCAUAUUCUGGUUAUAAGCCCCGACUGCAAUGUAAGUAUCACUUUACCUUGGAGUCAUAGUUGGAAUGGAAUGACGUAAAAAGGAAUAAUAUGAAAAAUGAAAAUGAUAAAUCUGUUUUCAUUCCAUGAAUUUUGUAAAAAGUGCUUCUUGUUUUGGUCUGUAGAAUUGAACUUCCGCAAUGAACACGAGCAAAAAUAUUUGCUGUUGUAGUUUUUCACUUCCUCUAGUUAUAUAGCAUCUAUUUAUAAUC